AUGAAGUCUCUUGGAGCUGCGAUGAUCUUGCUGUGGGUGGGUCUGGUUGUGGUUACAGCAGAAAGCGUGGAAAUCCAACCCGAACAUGAAAGUUUAACCCAACAAAUCUGCCAGCCUCACAUCCACACGGUGCUGAGAGAGAUGAGUGCCAAGAUAGCAGAGCAGCAAGCAGAGCUCAGACACAACAAAGAACAACUGCAGGCCGUGGAGAAGAGGGCAGAUGCCAUGGAGACCGGGCUGAGUACACAACUACAGGAUGUGGAGACAAGAUUGAGAACCAGUGAGAAGAUGGUGGAAGACCAGAAAUUAGUCAUCAAGGAUCUGACGGAGAAACAGAAUGAGCAGUCAUCAGCUGUGGGAGUGGUAGGAGGCCAGGUGGAGGUGCUGAGGAGGGACAGGGAGGGCAGCAGGGUGUCUUUCUCUGCAGCACUAGGGAAUGGAACCUAUGGACCUUUAGAUGUGGAUAUCCCCCUUGUUUUUAAAGGCAUCCUCACCAACAUCGGAAAUGCCUACAACGUAAACACAGGUGUGUUCACAGCUCCAGUGCGAGGCGUCUACCACUUUGUCCUCUUUGUGUUUGGAGAUGCCAGUUCAUCUACCCCAACAGGGGCCUCAAUAUAUCACAAUGGCAAACACGUUGUCAUUGCGUACGAUGCUCAGGUGAAUAAACAUCAUGUCAGUCCUGCCAAUGGAGCCUCUCUGCCGUUGGAGGUGGGAGAUGUUGUCCAAGUGAAGCUGUGGCCCAAAGCAUGGGUGAGGGAUAAUGCAAAUGGCCACACCACCUUCUCUGGACACCUCCUCUUCACCCUGUGA